AUGAAAUAUGGGAGUUAUUGCCACUGUGGUAAUACGAUUCUUAAUGCAACCCAAAAGCCAGAGUCAGAGUGUGCUACUAUUUGUUCGGGCGAUAGAAGUCAGCUUUGUGGCAGCUAUAACAGGAUUUACCUCUACAGACAUUGGGAUUGCCCAGUCGGAAAUUACAGCAUUAACUGUGCCAAGCAAUGCCAUUGCCGUGAGGGCCCAUGCGACAAGGCUACGGGUGCAUGUGGAAAUGAUGGCUGUAAAGACGGAUGGAAAGGAACAGCGUGUAAUGAAAGCUGCGAACUCGGAAGCUACAGUGUUAACUGUUCCAAGCAAUGCAAUUGCCGUGUUGGCCCAUGCGACGGUGUUACGGGUGCAUGUGGUUAUGCGGGCUGUAAAGAUGGAUGGACAGGAAUAUCGUGCAAUCAAAAUUGCCCAGUCGGAAAUUACAGCAUUAACUGUGCCAAGCAAUGCUAUUGCCGUGAUGGCCCAUGCGACAAGGUUACGGGUGCAUGUGGAAAUGAUAGCUGUAAAGACGGAUGGAAAGGAAUAGCGUGUAAUGAAACCGAUGAAGUUAAAGAGCAAUCGUCGACAAUUAUAUGGAUUGCACCGACGUUGGCAUUGUGUCUGCUAAUAGUUGUCGUAACCAUCACUGCUUGUUUGUGUAUCCGAAGGAAGAAAAAGAAGAGGGAACAAAAAGCCGUUCAAUUGAAUGAACUAAGACCAUCGGAUAUUCCACUAGAAUUGAUAGACAGCAACAGUGGCAAUUAUGAUGUUUUUCCCUACGACAAUAAUGACGACAACACCGAUAAUUAUGAUGUAAUUCCCGACGACAAUAAUUACGACAACACCGAUCAUUAUGAUGUAUUGCCCGACGACAAUAAUGGCGACAAAACCGAUCCUUACGAUGCAUUGCCCGACGACGUCCAUGACGACUUUGUCGUUCCGUAUGCAGUCGUGCCUUUGGACAAUACAGAGCGUGAGGCGACACCAAUGUACAGAUCUCUCCAGUCACAGAUAACAGAUGAUUAUCUGCACACUGGUUUGGGAGAUUCCAGCUACAUGAUCCCAGCAUCAUCGUAUGUAUUGGGCCGAAUAUGUGAGAGCAUAACUUCAGAUCAGACACAUUCUGCAGUGGCCGAGGAACUAGACAAUGCCGCCACAUUGGCUAUACAGUACAAGGCGUCCGAAGAACUGAUAAAUGUCACUAAAGAAAUAACAACUAACGCAAGCGCCGAAAAACUGUUUGAUUACGGUAAAAGUGAGGACAAAUUUGAAGCGGAGACAAAUAACACCGACCCCAAACAGGAGAAAAAUGAUGAAAGUGGGGAAACAAAUUACACAGAAAUAAAGUCACAGAUAACAGAUGAUUAUCUGCACACUGGUUUGCGAGAAUUCAGCUACAUGAUCCCAGCAUCAUCGUAUGUAUUGGACCGAAUAUGUGAGAGCGAAACUUCAGAUCAGACACAUUCUGCAGUGGCCGAGGAACUAGACAAUGCCGCCACAUUGGAGAUACAGUACAAGGCGUCACUAAAGAAAUAG